GUGACAUUAAAAAUGGUAGACCUAAUUGGAAAAUCUUGAAUUUCUAUUUCCUUUUAUUUAUAAUACAAUGUCGAGUCAACACAAGAAACUUCAGUUUGCCCCAUUCAGUAGUUUUCUUGAUGCUGGUUUCUGGCACAAAUUAUCCGAAAAUAAACUAAAUGUUUAUGGUUUGGAUGAAACCCCUAAGUUCAUCAAUGGAUUUUAUUUCAAUGGUGAUCCAGCUGGUUUGCCAUGCAGAUUAAAUGUAGAAUAUUCAGCAUUUGAUAAGGUACCACAAGUUCCAUCAAGAUGUUUCAGAUCACAUGGUGUCCUCCAUAAUAUGAACACAAUAGACAAAUUCAAAGAAUGUGAUCACAAAGAAUUACUAGAAAAUGUUGGAAAAAAGGUCUGGGAAGAUAUUGUGAGCAAGAAAAUAGAGAAAGAUCCAUCACUUUUAUCCAGAUAUCUGUUAUUAGCAUUUGCAGAUCUGAAGAAGUAUAUUUAUUAUUAUUGGUUUGCAUUUCCAUGUUUAUGUAUGCCAGAAGAUGUUACUAUGGUUACAGAUCCUGUGAAACUACCAGACAGGUUGAACAGCCAGCAAAUAUCAGAGCUGAUAGCAGAAUAUGAUAAAUUUCAAAGUACAUCAACAGAAUUUGUUGGAUAUUUUAUUAUAGUACAGACUAAAGACAGUGUUGUUGUGGAUCAUCUUAAAAAUGUAGAAUCGUAUUCCAAAGAUACAUGUAAGAUAUUUUUUGGUUUUGCUGACCCAUGUACAUUAGAUAGUAAUCCAGGAUGGCCUCUUAGAAAUUAUCUGUUGUAUAUAAGUUACCACUGGGGAGAUAAGUUUAAAAAUGCUGAGAUUUUAUGUUUCCGUGAUAGAAGUAAAGAUGGAGUCAGAGACGUAUCACACAGUAUUAUUCUAACUCUAAAUAUAUCCUCAACAAUGACGCUUACAGAAUGUCCAAAAAGUGUUGGUUGGGAGAAAAAUGAAAGACAGAAACUUGGUCCAAGAGUUGUCAAUCUAAGUUCAAGCAUGGACCCUGUCAGAUUAUCUGAAUCUGCAGUUGAUUUGAAUUUAAAACUAAUGAGAUGGAGACUAUUGCCUGAACUUGACCUUGAGAAGGUCGCUGGAACUAGAUGUUUAUUACUAGGUGCUGGGACUUUAGGAUGUAAUGUAGCUAGGUGUUUAAUGGGUUGGGGUGUAAGACAUAUUACCCUUGUUGAUAAUGGAAGAAUAUCUUACUCUAAUCCAGUCAGACAAUCAUUAUUCCAGUUCGAGGAUUGUUUGAAUGGGGGCAAACCUAAAGCAGAAGCUGCUGCAGAGGCACUGAAAAAGAUCUUCCCUGGCGUUAAAGCUACAGGAAUUUCACUGUCUAUUCCAAUGCCUGGUCACUCUGUUUCUGAUGGAUCACUAGAAGGGACAAAAAAUGAGGUGCAACAGUUAGAUGAACUGGUGCAAUCCCAUGAUGCAUUGUUCCUUUUACUAGAUACUAGAGAAAGUAGAUGGCUUCCAACCGUCAUGGCUGCAGCUUAUCAGAAGAUUGUGAUAUGUGCUGCAUUGGGUUUUGACACAUUCCUGGUAAUGAGACAUGGUUUCCACACAGGGGUAGAUAACCCUGAGAAGAUUGCUUUCUCCAGUACAAUGUCAAUACCUGGGGACCAGUUAGGGUGCUACUUUUGUAAUGAUGUAGUGGCACCAGGCAAUUCAACAAGGGACAGAACUUUGGACCAGCAGUGCACUGUAUCCCGUCCAGGCAUGUCAUAUUUGGCUAGUGCUCUUGCUGGAGAAUUACUGGUAUCUGUGAUACAACACCCACUGGGACCAAAAGCCCCAGCAGAUACCAGUGCUAAGGAUGAACACUUAUCUCAAGAGCUGUCAUGUAACCUUGGGAUUGUUCCUCAUCAGAUUAGAUGUUUCCUGUCUAGAUUUCAUCAACUUUUACCUGCUAGUAUGGCUUUUGAUAAAUGUACAGCAUGUUCAAAAACUGUCAUAGAUGCCUACAAGAAGGAAGGUUUUGACUUUCUACUCAAAGCUUUUAAUGAUCCUGCAUAUUUAGAAAAUCUUACUGGUCUUACACAGAUGCACCAAGAAACAUUAGAUGCAGAGGUAUGGGAUUAUAGUGAUGAUGAGGAGUGUAGUAGUAUGGAAAUCACAUGACAACAGAUAACAUUGUAGACAAUUUCAAUACUGAUAUUAAUUAUUGAACAAUUAUUUGUUAAGAGACAGGGUUAAUAAUAAGACCAAUAUUUGUUGCUUUAUUAUAAUGUAUAAACUUCUGCAUAACUUUAUAAAAUCCAACUUUUAUUUACCAUGAUGCUUACUCCACUUUAUUACAGAUAGUCCUUUUCUGUUUUGGUUACAGACUUAUUUAUUUGGGAUUCUUUGACCUAUCAUUUAUUAAAGUUCUUAUUCCAAAGCUCACUUUUUAAUUUUAGAUACAAAUUUAUUAUUAGGGCUUUGUUGACCUGUUCCCUAUUGCCACAUCUCUUUUUUCCAAAUUUAUAAAGUUUCAUCAUUCACACCAUUUCUUUGUCCACAACCUGUUGAUUUUUUUUUUAAAUAUCUGCUUUUCUGCAGGUCCCAUUACUCCAACUUCUUUGACCAAUUAUAUGAAACUAUUCCCCUUUAUCAUAUUUCUGGUUGUGGUUUUCAAGAGGCUUUGUUAACUUAAUGAAGCUAUUUACCUUUGGAAGACAUUUUUAUGGAUCUUUAUUCUAUUUUUUGAUAAAAUACUUUCUUGGUCUGUGAACUUUCUUUACGCUGCUUUUGAUGUCUUAUAGUUACCAAACAAAUGGUAGUGGUAUAAAAUUGUUCUUUUAUGUGUUGGUGACUAUUUUCUGUUAAAGAAUUAUUUAUUAUUAAUUAUGA